UCAUCAGACAGCCCGUGGUUUCCUUGUUUACUCUGCCUCUUCAGGUGCUGCAUGUUUUACCUCCGCGAGGACUCCAAACAGAAAACAAAUAUUCUUCAGACAUUGGAGAAAGGGUAGCACGUGCUGAAAUGCGCCGCUCUGGUCCUGUCCGUGUGGCUCUCCUCUCACCUCAAACUGAAAACGCCACUUUAAAUCAGUGAAAGUUUGGGAUCACUCUUCCAGCUGCCUUCACUUGGAUUUAGAAGCAGCUCCCUCACUGUCCCACCACCUCUGACCGUCAUCAACAAGCCCAAGACACGUUCUGACCUGGAGGCAAGAUGGAUCUGGACAGCAGUAAACGUCUGGUGGUGCUGGUACCAAACGAGCUGUCGAUGGCCUCCAGAAGGGUGUUUAACAGCGAGGAUGAGGCGUGGAAGAGCUACCUGGAGAACCCUCUGACAGCUGCCACCAAGGCCAUGAUGAGCAUCAACGGAGAUGACGACAGCGCAGCAGCUCUGGGGCUGUUGUAUGAUUACUACAAGGUUCCCAAAGAGACGAAGCGCCUCUCCAGUGGGGUUAGCCCCACAAACCUUUCUGCAGCUGUGCCUGCUAACAACCACGGGAGUCUGGAAAUGGUCAAUCACAACUGUCAGAGCCUGAGAUCUAUGCCUGUCAACCUCUCCCUAAACAACACUGACGUUCACAGCUCCAAGCAUGGUGCUGUGAACCUCUCGGGAGACUCUAGAAGAGGAGGAGGAGGUGGUGAUAAAAGCAGAAGCAGUGCACCACUUGCUUUGGUCAAAUCCGAGAGCCAGACGUCCAUUCCGGUGUCAUACUCUGAUGACUCCUUCCACUCAGAAUCUAAAGAGCAGUUGAGGACACUUCCGGAGAGGAGCCGCCAUGAUUUGCCUCUUGCUGGUUUCCUGAAGGGCAGCGCUUUGGACUACAUGUAUGAGGAUGCAGCAGAAGGAGAGAUGUUCCAGAAAAGCCCCUCCUCGGCAGCAGAGGCGUUCCACUGCAGCACGCCCGUAGACAGUUUUAAGUACUCUCUGGACGCCAGCAUGUCGCUCAGGCCGCGCCAAGGAGAAGGACCCAUGGCUUACCUGAACCGGGGCCAGUUUUAUUCUCUGACGCUGUCGAGGGCCGCCAUCGGAGCCUCUCCCUCUCCACGCAGCGGCAAACUGUGGGGGGGCGGGGCAGUGUCAUCUCGCAGACAUGAUGGGAAGUCAUCAAAAGGUCCCCCUGGGGGCUCUGAGCUGCAGCAGGACAGUAUUGUUCAGAGUGUCAUCAUGGUCGUGUUUGGGGAAGACAAGGGCAGAGACGAGCAGCUGCGGAAUUGGAAGUACUGGCAUUCCCGUCAGCACACCGCCAAGCAGAGAGUCCUGGACAUUGCCGACUACAAGGAGAGCUUCAGCACCAUUGGAAACGUGGAGGAGAUUGCAUACAAUGCGGUGUCUUUCACCUGGGACGUCAGUGAAGAGGCAAAGGUCUUCAUCUCUGUGAACUGCCUCAGCACAGACUUCUCCUCGCAGAAAGGGGUGAAGGGAAUGCCUCUCAUAAUCCAGAUUGACACCUACAGCUACAACAGCUGCAACAGCCGGCCCAUCCACAGAGCUUAUGCUCAGAUUAAGGUCUUCUGUGACAAGGGAGCUGAGAGGAAGCUCCGUGAUGAGGAGAAGAAACAGCUCAGGAAGAGGGUGAAAGGGAAAGGCGUCAGCUCGAGUCUGACCCCUCAUGCUGAGAGAGCAGAAAGCACGCUGUUCAAAAGCAUGUUUGACCUGGAAUCCCAGCCGGUUCUCUUCAUCCCAGACGUUCACUUUGGAAACCUGCAGAGGGCCGGGCAGGUGUUUGCUUUCAACACUGAAGACUCAGCCAGAGACAGAAAUGUGGCGACAAAGAGGACGUCCAGUCAGGAAGAUGCAGUUCUGCCUCAGACGAAGAAGUCCAAAGUGGAGCAUGAGAAGAAAGUCUUGCUGUAUGUGAGGAAGGAGUGUGACGAAGUCUUUGAUGCUCUAAUGCUGCGGGCCCCCACCCUGAAAGCUCUGAUGGAUUCGAUCUCUGAAAAGUACUCACUGCCAGUGGACAAGGCGAUUAAAGUUUACCAAAAAAGUAAAAAAGGGGUUCUGGUAAACAUGGACGACAACAUCAUUCAGCACUAUUCAAACGAGGACACGUUCAUCCUGGCCAUCGACAGCUCCGCAGACUGCUUUCGAGUGACUCUGUCAGAGAUCUAACUGCCCUCCAAACUCUCUUCAGACUGGGCUCUCAGCCUCAGUAAAGGUCCCUGCAUUUGAAACAGCUCCUCCCAGCUGAUACAACUCUGCUGCUUUUUUUUCAGGAAGUCAGAGAAGUUUUGAAUUGGAUACACCCCCCUCCCCUGACUUUUUCUAUUUGUAUCACCACCUCACAUCCAUGCAUUUUCUGUGAAGCACUGGACUAACAGCAGGGGGCGCUAGUGCUGGCCUCAUCUGUGCUCCCUGCACUCCUCCUGUUUCCGUGCUGGCCGCUGAAGCUGGAAAUCAUCUGAGGAAGUCAUCAGCUCCUCCAGACUCUUAUUGUGAAAGGCUGCAGGUUCCCCACUGCUGUGGAUGUCACUGACAUGCAGGAGUUCAUGGUUGGGCUUCAGUUUUUAUAAAUCUGUAAAUAUUUAUGGAUUUCUGGUGUUUAUUUUAGAUUUUUUGGGUGGGACAGGGUUUUGGUUUCUUUCGUAAUGCUGCAGGUGGGUCAAGUUUCUGCUGCAAGCGCGACUCAAAUACCAAACAACUCUUCAUCUUCAGGAGGCUGUUAAACUUGCUUCCUUUCUCUCCGUGUUUGCUGAUUUUUAGUGCUUUUUUUCCGGCAAGUAUUACUAUUUAUGACUUUAGUUUUGAAAAAUUGUGUGUUUUUAUAAUGUUUGGAGGCCUAAUGUGAUUUUCAGUUCCAGUGUCCUUUCUUUCCUGUUUUUGUUUUUACUGUAAAUCUCAAUAAAAGCACAUUAUUUGCAGCCAAAGCCUCAAAUCUUUGCUGUCACAG